UACGUCUAUCACGGGGCACGGGCAGUAUGCCAAAAUUAAUCUAAUUUUUAGUCAAAAGUGGUGGUCGUGUUAGUGAGGUGUAACUAAAAAAAUAUUAUUAUUUUGUUUAAAGAGGAAAGAAAAACAAUUAAAAAUCGAUGCCAUCUACGUUUAUCUAAAUUUUAAGUGAAAAAAGUUAUUAACAAAAAUACUAAAAAGUCCGGCAACCAUGGCACACUGUAUGAGAGUUUUGCAUGGCCAGGGAAGCAGGACGAGAGCUGUCCUCUUGGAAAUUCAGCAGAGAUGCUUCAGCGUGUCCCCAUUGACGGCUGCGGCGGCCCAGGUUGCUAUGUCCCGAUUCGACAAGGCCCCAUUACCUUACGAAAAAUUAACGAAAAAUUUGGAGGUGGUUAAGAAGAGGUUAGGUCGUGACAUGACCCUGUCGGAAAAAGUUUUGUACUCACAUCUUGAUGACCCAAAAGGACAGGAUAUCGAAAGAGGUACCAGUUACCUCCGAUUACGCCCUGACCGAGUGGCUAUGCAAGAUGCCACAGCCCAGAUGGCUAUGCUGCAAUUUAUCUCAUCUGGUCUACCAACAGUGGCUGUGCCAUCUACUAUUCACUGCGAUCACUUGAUUGAGGCCCAGAUUGGUGGUACCGAAGAUUUGGCUAGAGCAAAGGACAUCAACAAGGAAGUUUACAAAUUUUUAGAAACCGCUGGAGCAAAAUAUGGAGUAGGAUUCUGGAAGCCAGGCUCUGGUAUUAUCCAUCAAAUUAUUCUGGAGAACUACGCUUUCCCUGGUCUUCUCAUGAUUGGUACCGACUCACACACACCAAAUGGAGGUGGAUUAGGAGGACUGUGCAUUGGUGUUGGUGGUGCUGAUGCGGUAGAUGUUAUGGCUGACAUUCCUUGGGAGCUCAAGUGCCCUAAAGUUAUUGGAGUCAAGCUUACUGGUAAGCUGUCAGGCUGGACAUCCCCCAAAGAUGUGAUCCUGAAGGUCGCCGGCAUCCUCACAGUAAAGGGAGGCACUGGAGCCAUCGUGGAGUACCAUGGACCUGGUGUUGACUCCAUCUCUUGUACGGGAAUGGCCACAAUUUGUAACAUGGGUGCUGAAAUCGGAGCUACCACUAGUGUAUUCCCAUACAACUCUCGCAUGGAGGCGUAUCUUAAGUCGACGGGACGCGAAGGCGUGGCAAGCGCCGCUAACUCCUUCAAACAUCUCCUCACACCUGACCCCAAAGCACCAUACGAUGAGCUGAUCGAAAUUAACCUGUCCACUCUGGAGCCACAUGUGAAUGGACCUUUCACACCUGACCUCGCAAAUCCAAUCUCGAAGUUAGGAGAAGCAGCUAAGAAGAACGACUGGCCGGUGGACAUCCGUGUUGGUCUUAUUGGGUCUUGCACCAACUCUUCUUAUGAGGAUAUGGGGCGUUGUGCCAGUAUUGUUAAGGAGGCGAUAGGUCACGGUCUCAAAUCCAAAAUCCCGUUCAACGUGACCCCUGGAUCAGAACAAGUUCGCGCAACAAUUGAACGAGAUGGCAUUGCGCAGACGCUGAGAGACUUCGGAGGCACUGUGUUGGCCAACGCGUGUGGACCCUGCAUCGGUCAAUGGGACCGUAAAGACGUGAAGAAGGGCGAAAAGAACACAAUAGUGACGUCAUACAACCGUAACUUCACCGGACGUAAUGACGCCAAUCCCGCCACUCAUUGCUUCGUCACCAGCCCCGAACUGGUCACAGCACUGUCCAUUGCAGGUCGUCUCGACUUCAACCCAGUAACGGAUGAGCUAACAGGAAAAGAUGGCAAGAAAUUCCGUCUGUCUGACCCCUACGGUGAUGAAUUGCCCGCAAGGGGCUUCGACCCUGGCCAGGACACGUACGAGCACCCACCUGCUGAUGGCUCCAAGGUGAAAGUGGACGUACUACCAACAUCCGACCGUCUCCAACUCCUGGAGCCGUUCGACAAGUGGAGUGGCAAGGACCUCACUGACCUCACCAUCCUCAUCAAGGUGAAGGGCAAAUGCACGACUGACCACAUCUCGGCGGCUGGACCAUGGCUCAAGUACCGUGGACAUCUUGACAAUAUCUCCAACAAUAUGUUUAUCACAGCAACGAACGCCGAAAAUGGUGAAUUGAACAAGGUCCGCAACCAAGUGACCGGCGAAUGGGGACCAGUUCCCGGAACUGCUCGCGCCUACAAGGCUGCCUCCGUGCCCUGGUGCGUUAUUGGAGACGAGAACUACGGAGAGGGCUCGAGUCGAGAGCACGCUGCAUUGGAACCCCGUCACCUUGGAGGUCGCGCCAUCAUUGUCAAAUCUUUUGCCAGAAUCCACGAGACCAACCUGAAAAAGCAAGGUCUAUUGCCACUUACUUUCGCAAACGCCAGUGACUACGACAAAAUCCAACCUACAGACAAGAUUUCCCUUCUCGGACUUAAGGACCUCGCACCUGGCAAGCAAGUGGAAUGUGAAAUCAAGCACAAGGAUGGUAAGACGGAACGCAUUAAGUUGAAUCACUCAUUGAACGAGCAACAAAUCUCCUGGUUCAAAGCCGGUUCAGCCCUCAACCGUAUGAAGGAAAUUGCUGCUCGCAAGUAAACGUUUGGAUACAAUCCAUAGAUAACAAUUAUGGCCUUUAAUUCGAAUUUCGAAACGCCAAAUUCGCCGCGAAUAUAUGAAAUGUUUCACAGAUUAUCAUUGUUAUUAGGUCAGUGUUGCCAUUUAUGAGCCAUUAUUUUGGCUGGUCUUAAUGUUAAGUAAUAAUUUAUGAACUUAUUGUUUUUAUAGGUAUUUUAUAAUUAUUCUGUAUCCUUAUAUAUAUUUUUACCUGAUUUGAGAGCCAAUAUUGUAUAAAGCUGGCAGCACUGAUAGCAAUAGUUAUUUAUUUUAAAUAAAUAUUUAAAUAACCAUGUUGUUACCGAUUUAGUACAAUAUACGAUUGAUGAUUGUAGUGCAUUUUGGAAUGUCUCGCGGCGUGUAUGUUACUUAGAUUGUAGAGAUAUUUAUAGAGAUCACAUUUCAAACUUUCUUCAUAAUGUAUUAUCAACCAAUAAUUAUGUAAGUAAAGUUUUUUUUAUUUAUGUACAUAAUUAUUAUUUUGUGUACUUUUAUUUAUAACUAAUAAAAAUUACGUACGUA